UGACGUCAUAUCCGCGCUCCGGAAGCUCAAGCUCGUCUCUGGUUAAACCUAAAGCCUCUUGUGUAUGUCGCUCAAGUCAGGCAGGGUCAACUCUCUUUUUCCCAUCCAUCCCAAAAUAUACGCGGUGACAUUUGUUUACACGCAGGUAAACCUGAUCGAAGAUCAGAAAUGGACUCUUCUGAACACGGCUCUCCAGUGAUAUCUCCAGGUGUAGCCAUUGGAGGGACUCUACCACCAGGCCUGACAGAGGAAGAAGCAGAAGAGAUACAGGUGGAACUCACCAAGGUUGACGACGAGAUUCAGACACUGAGACAGGUUCUCAUGGCAAAGGAGAGGCACGCCGCUGAGCUCAAGCGCAGGCUUGGCAUCAGUCCCCUCUCUGAAAUCAAACAGAACAUCACCAAAGGCUGGCAUGACGUUCAGUGCUCCAAUGCUUAUAUGAGAACCUCACAAACUCUUGGAGACUUGAAUCGUAGAGUUACCUCGUCUAAUUUAUACCUUACUGCUUCAGCCACACUUGAGGACAUUGGACGUUCUGAUGCCUAUAAGAGGACUCAGGAGACUCUGUCUCAGGCAGGUCAGAUGACAUCAGCUGCGUUCUCCACAGUGGGCUCUGCCAUCAGAAACCGAUUUGGAGAGAUGAGGGCUCUGCCGUACUCUAACUCUGGUAGCAACUUUUCCAUGCGUCACUCUUUAAGUAUGCCAGCUAUGAGGAACUCGCCAAGCUUUAAAACCUUCGAGGACAAAGUAGAGAAUAUGAAGUACAAAGUAAUGGGGCGAUCAAAUGGAGAGAGCGACCAUUCGCCAACCAGCAACAACGCACCUUUCUGAGCAGGAAGCACAACCUCAUGACCGAGAACUGACCUCUGUGAUCCCCCUUAAACGCUGUACCCAAAUACACUCCAGUUUCUCCACAGCUACAUUAACUUUAAAUGAAUGUACAGACAGAAAAUGAUGCUUUAUGAAACUAAGUUGCCAACAAGCAAUUACUUGAACAUCUGAAGACUGCCACCUUUGCAAAUGCAUUGUAGUCAAACAAAACAUCUCAAAUUAGCAUAUUGAAAAACUGGAGAACCCUUUUUGGGAGUGUUGGGUUUUCUUCUGUGCGCCAAAUUACCUUUAAAUGUAUUGUAAUAUUUUAUUUUGUCAAACAACAGGGCUUCUCUGACACUUCAGUAGUAAAUGGUCUGUUACGAUUAGCAUAAAGAGGUUAAAUGUUUGCACAACUCGCCUUUAGAAUGUCCUAAAACACUUAAGGCUUCCUCAGCCUGCUUUGUCACCGCUGUUAAUGAUUGUUACAUGCCUUCUACAUUGAAUAUUGCACUGGUUUUUACCCUGCUUGUUACUCAGGGCAAAAGGUGCUAAAGCUUUCCUUGUGACAAGACUUGAGCACCAGAUGUGUAUCAUCUAUCAUCUCUGAAGGUGUGUACUAAAUUAUUCACAGUUAUUUUCUUGUCUUGUCUGUUUUGAGUUUUCCCCCCGUUUUCAAAGUCAUAAUAAACUGCAACUGUUCUAAAAAAGACAUUAAGAGAUUCAAGCUACACAUAAUCUGUCCUGUUUCUUGGUUUCCUGUAUUUUAGAUUGUGGUGUUUUGCAUAGAAUUAGACUUUUCCCCUUCUUUUUCAGAGUACAUUAUUGUAACCAUGAACGUAAAAGCAUUUGGUGAGAAGAUGGGUUUUUAUAAAUUAUUUAAUUACUAAUCAGAUGGAAGGCUAAUAUUUUCAAGUAAGAUAAUUAAAUGUAAUGAUUGUAAUGUUUAAUCCAAAUCUUGUGGUGGGCAAAAGGUCAAUUUCACUGUGAGGUGAUGGAAAACACAUGUUUACUUAAUUUUUUUGAUUCUUUGUGUUCAUUCAGCUAGUGCUGAUGAUGGAAGCAUUAUCCAUGCAAUGAUCUGUAAAAGAAUGUAACCAUACUGACAAAACUACUGCAUAAAUGUUUGAUGCUUGGUGGCUGUAACGUACUACACUGUUCAGGGUUUAUUAAAGACAAUGAAGUAAACGAGAA